GAGUAGCGUGUGUGUAUAUAUAGGCCUAUACUGAAUAUUCACUUUCAUUUAAUUUCAUGCUUGUAUUGAACUGCUUGUAUUAUUUUGUUAUAGUACUUAUACCACUUUUAAGGUAGGCUACUAUGCUUGAAACAAAAUCGUUGCGUCCUGUCGAUCGGUUUAUGAAUAUGUUCUUUUUAAAAAUAACAUCAUCCGUUUAAAUGUUAUUUUUCAUCUGCAUAAUCCUGAAGAAAAAAGGGGAAUUUCUUAGAGUUCGAAUCCAUGAGGAUUGAACUGGGAAUCCCGCUUUCUCAUCUGUGGGUAAUUCCCAGCCCAGUUAUCUACAUAUAGGGAAACUGAAGUGGACAGCAAAUUGCAUAGAAAAUCAACACUGCCUCUUCUGCCAGGAUGCGUUUAGCUGGCGAAUGCAGCUGAGAGGUGCUCGGCACAAGAGGCAAUUUCUCAGGAUCUCGGGAUGUCAGGGCGCAUCAAGAGCGACAUGACCGCUUCACUCGGCUGGCCAAAGUAAUACCUGCAAAAAACGUCGACAGUGCUCAGUCCCCUUCUACUUCCUCCGCAGCACAAUGGGAGUCCACCUCUGGAUGUUGUUGGCUGCUAUAAACGGAGUCACCGCCACCUACCGUCCCUGGCCGGUCACCCACUGCCGAGUGGUUGACAGGGUUGCAAACUGCACAAGCAGGAAUCUGAAAACCAUCCCUAGAGAGCUACCUCCUGGCAUACAUGAGUUGGACCUUUCAUACAACCUUCUCCAGAACCUUACGCAAGAACUCAUGUCCUCCUACACCUCGGUUCACCGUCUCAAUCUGCACUCAAACAAGAUUCAGUGCAUUCAGCCAGGCCUUUUUGAAAACAUGACAAAUCUUCAGGUUCUGGAUCUUUCCCGAAAUGAUUUGUAUAUCAUUGCGUUGUCAAGGACUCCAGUUGGGCCUCUCUCCUCCGUGAAAAAACUAGAUCUUUCAGGCAAUGGCUUGUACACAGGCAUGACUGAUUAUUUCUUGGAGGAUGCCCCAGCACUUCUGAAUCUUUCACUUGAGGGUAACAGCAUCACCAAAAUCACAAACAACACCUUUUUCAGAUCAAAAUCUCUGAGGAACAUUGAUCUUCACAAUAAUGUCAUCCUUGAGAUUGAGGGAGGAGCAUUUAACUCGAUGCCACAUCUCUCUGAGCUUGAUUUGUCCAUGAACUCUAUCACUUGUAUCACUGACUUUAACCUUUUGCAACUAAAGACAUUAAACCUGAGUCAAAACAGCAUGGAGUCAUUUCAGACUAGGGACUGGGACCGUGAGUAUGAACUUUUGUAUCUUGACCUUAGGGAAAACAAAAUACAUUACUUUCCUUUUCUCCCAAGAAGAAACAAGCUAAUAUAUCUUGAUUUAUCCAGAAACCUUCUGACUGGCGUUAACACUAUGUUCACUGCAGAGCAAACAGAGUUCAUGAUCAAUGAUGAAAGUAGAUUCACAGAUGACACUGAAAAUAUGUAUAAUAAUUUAACAAAACUCCGAUACCUUGACUUGAGUUAUAAUCAAAUUAAACGUAUCCCAACGUCUUUUUUUAACAACAUGGCAUCCCUGGAGAUGUUAAAUCUAAGUAACAGCUGCAUGGAGGCAUUCUACAUUGACCAAGAUAGUCCUUUAAAUUCCCUGAAGAUCCUCGAUUUGAGUUUUAAUGUCCUUCAGGAUCUCUCCUUUGGAGAAAACACACUCCAGUCCUUAGAGGAGCUUUAUCUGCAGGCCAACUCACUCAGUGUCAAGGAUUCCUACAUUUUCCACAGACUUCCCAGCAUAAGAGACCUUCACCUUCAAGAGAACCUCCUAAAAAUCUGUGAUCUUCCCCCAAAAAGGCAGGAUUUGGAGGAAAGUGAUUGCAUUAUUUUAUCCAACAUCUCAACUCUGCAUUACUUAUAUCUGACAAGAAACAGCCUGCAGUCUUUACCCCAGUAUGCUUUCUCCGGAAGUGGAUUGAAGGUCCUGGAUUUAUCCUAUAAUGCAGGCAUAAAGAUUGACAAGAAUGCUUAUAUUGGCUUGGAAACAUCAUUGACUUACCUGUCCCUUAGGGGGAACCAGCUCCAGAUGCUAAACUAUGACCUGUCUUGCUUGAGUUGCCUCCAAAAUUUGGAUGUGUCCACUAAUAACCUGACUGCUCUCCCAAUAUGGAAUAAAGAGUCUUCCAUUGAGUCCCUAAACCUUCAGAAUAAUAGUCUCAUCACACUGGAGUACAACACAGUGCAGAUGUUGGGAAAAACGCUGAAAAAACUCUAUCUUGGAUCCAACCCUCUGAACUGCUGUAACAGCCUGAGGUUCCUGCAGAUGGUCCAGAAAUCCACUGUGGACAUCCCUGACAUUGCUACUGUGAUGUGUCAAUACACCCAGGACUCCAAACACAUUGAGAUAAACAUUGCAAGAUUAUCACAGGAGCACUGCGCGACAGUGGACCAAAAAAUCGUGUACAUCAUCAUCAUCAUCAUCACCUUGUCUCUGAUUUUGGUGGUAGUCCUGGUCCUUCUGUCCAAAAUAUGCCACACUCGGGCAUACCGCCUAAGAGGAAGUUAUAAGGCAUGAUAAACCAUUCUAGAAACAGAAAAAAGUACCAUAUGCUAGACUAAAUGGAGUAUUGCUACGUGAAGUGCUCAGUGUGGGUAGACCAUUGGUAAAAUUUAUUUUAAUUUAACUAUUGCAUCGUCAGCUGCAAAAAAAAAAGUAUUAUUACUUGAUUUGCAGGAAAUAACUUAAAUGUACAGUUAUGCUUUGCAAUCAAAAUUAUAAUUUCAAAAAAUAUAUUUUGUGGCUGGAUUACAUUAUUAUAGUCUUAUUUUUGAUAAAGUAGGUCAAUAUUUUGCACUUUAAUAAUUGUAACUGAGCUAUGCUUGUGUUUUAUGAAUUGUAGGUAUAUGAUAUUGUGACAACUUGUCACAAAGACCAUCUGUCAUACUAUGGUGAGACUUUCAGAUAGAUAUCACAGAGCAAGCAAUAAAAUGACAACACAACAGAAAUUAAAAGACUUGAAACAUAGCCCAUAUAUGCAAAUAUAUAGUGUAUUUUCAUCGUUGUGUAAUUCCUAUGGAACAACAACAGUGAGUAUUAUUUUGUCAUCUAUUUACAGAAAAAUGUGUCACAGGCUGAGCUAUGGUCGGGCCAAAACAGGAAGAUGUCGCUGUCAGGACACCUGUGUAAAAAUGUGACGUUUUCACAGCACUGGUAUCCUGUUCAGGGCGUAGAACCCUAUGCUGCCUGGGAUAGGCGCCAGCGUCCCCUCUGCCCCAGCAGCUGGAAGAUGGAUGGAUGUUUUCACAGCUUGUACUGCACUGUGGAUAGUUUUCCUGUUGUUGUCCAAGCAUUAUGGACUCAUUUAGCCGAAGUCUGUGUUAAAUGACCAUGUGCGAUUCAAAGUGUGCAUUCCAGGAAUGCGGAUUUCCUGAUGCAGACGUGUAUUACAUAUACCCGCAGUUUUGAGGUUACCCUUUUCCUUACAUGAAAGUGCCGUGAGUCAUCUGGCAAGGCAGAGUUUUGAUCAAUUAAAUGAUUCCAGAGAUUAGUAAGCGUAAAAAAGAAAGGAUAGACAGUACACUUUUGCCGAAACCAAAUUGGCACUUAAUGGCGCUUAAUUCCACACAUUUAAACUGUUUAGGGGAAUGAAUGAGCAUUGUAAGCACAAAGUGUACUCUGUGUUCUAUUGUGGGGAAUUUACCUGGCAUGCGAAGUCGCUGUCUGAGUAAACCACAGCCAGAGUAAGGUCUGUAGGCACUCAGGUUUAUAGGUGCGAUCUGCUUCAUAUCACUCAAACUCCAGAAUAAUGCAUUUCUCCCAGAAUGCCUCUUUCGUUUCAUUCGUUGUUCCUCUUCCUCUGUGUUUUGCAUUUUAGGGAUGAUUUGUACGACUAAUUAUCAACACUAUGUAUUGACAUGGAUAUCGAUGUGCUGUAAGCCCUGUUCAGAGCCCAACCCUUGCUGUAAUUCUUUCAACUGUCAAAGUAUCCGAUUUCCAAGAAAUAAUGUUUCAAACAUUAUACAGUUAUAUUUGCCGGAUUGAUAAUGGAAAUAUGACACGGUAUUGCCAUAUUCGGAAUAUUGAAGCAAAAAAAAAAACAAAAAACAAAAUUGACUCAAAGAAUGAUAGUGGAAAUUAUCUAGACGUGUUACUAAGUUCGGAUGAACAGAGAUUCCUUUAGAAAGAGUGUCUCCCUUUCUUGUAGAUAUUAAUAGGCAUUUAUUUGAGAAAAAAUAUACAUUAGCCAGUGCACUUCGAUAUCUUAAUGUUGUCUGUUCACAGUAUACAGUAUCUGAUGCUCAACUAUCUGACUGGGUCACUAAAAAAGAAUAUUCAAUAAUAAUCAAUAUAAUUACACACCCGCACCAUGUGAGAACCUGCUUUCAUUGUCUGCCUUAGCUUGUAUGUUCUGCUUUAAUCUGUAACUAUAUGAAGGAUGUGUUAUCAUGGAAAUGUACGUUUUAGAGUAAAAUAUAUUCUGUUUAUAUAUUUAUAUGUUUUGUACCUUUUCUUAAGUAAAUUAUCCCUGUACCCAA